AUGGUGGCAGCAGCCGUACGCACGAAGUUUUGGCAGCAACCGCACGUACGAAAUGGUGGCAGCAGCAGCACGUACGAAAUGGUUCCGGCAGCAGCAGCAGCAGCUACCAAAUGGUUCCAGCAGCGGUCGCUACGAAACAGAUGCAGCAGCUGCUCCUACGAAACGGCUCCGGCAGCGGCACGUACGGGAUGGUCCCAGCAGCGGCACCUACGACACGGCCAGCAGCUCGUACGAAAUGGCUUCGGCAAUGGCACCUACGGAAUGGUUCCAGCGGUAGCAGCUACGGAAUGGGUCCAGCAGCACCUCCCACGAAAUGGCUCCAGCAGCGUCAGCUACGAAAUGGCCACCAGCGUCAGCUACGAAAUGGCCAGCAGCUCCAACGAAAUGGCUCUUGCAGCGGCAGCUUCGAAAUGGCUCCGGCAAUGGCACCUACGGAAUGGUUCCAGCGGUAGCAGCUACGGAAUGGGUCCAGCAGCACCUCCCACGAAAUGGCUCCAGCAGCAGCUCCCACGAAACGGGGUCGGCAGCGGCACCUACGACAUGGCCAGCAGCUCCUACGAAAUGGCUCCGGCAGCGGCACCUACGAAAUGGCCAGCAGCUCCUACGAAAUGGCUCUGGCAGCGGCAGCUACGGAAUAAUUCCCGUUCAGCAGCUACGAAAAAAAAUGGCACCGGCAGCGGCACCUACGAAAUGGCCAGCAGCUCCUACGAAAUGGCUCUGGCAGCUGCAGCUACGGAAUAA